CUGGCGGCGGUGGCGCGCUGCGCGGCGGCCGCGAGUCCGGCAUGAGCGAGGUGCGGCUGCGGGCCGGGCGCGGCCCCGGCGGGGCGCGGGACCCCCAGGACAAGGAGUCAGAGUCUGAGAACAAGCUGGAUGGAGAGACAGCGUCAGACAGCGAAAGCAAAUCUGAGUUUGGGGGCUCAUCCCCAGUGCCCACCUCGGAUGACACCCCAGAGGUGCUGAACAGGGCCCUCUCCAACCUGUCCUCAAGAUGGAAGAAUUGGUGGGUGAGAGGCAUCCUCACUCUGGCAAUGAUCACCUUCUUCUUCAUCAUCAUCUACCUGGGCCCCAUGGUCUUGAUGACAAUAGUGAUGUGUGUCCAGAUCAAAUGUUUCCACGAGAUCAUCACCAUUGGUUACAACGUGUACCACUCCUACGACCUGCCCUGGUUCAGGACACUCAGCUGGUACUUCCUGCUGUGUGUGAACUAUUUCUUCUAUGGGGAGACAGUGACAGAUUAUUUCUUCACCCUGGUGCAGAGGGAGGAGCCCCUGAGGAUCCUCAGCAAGUACCAUCGCUUCAUUUCCUUCGCCCUCUACCUGACAGGUUUCUGCAUGUUUGUCUUGAGCCUGGUGAAGAAACACUAUCGCCUCCAGUUCUAUAUGUUUGGCUGGACCCACGUGACGUUGCUGAUCGUUGUGACCCAGUCCCACCUCAUCAUCCACAACCUGUUUGAAGGAAUGAUCUGGUUCAUUGUCCCCAUCUCCUGUGUGAUCUGCAAUGACAUCAUGGCCUACAUGUUCGGCUUCUUCUUCGGCCGCACGCCGCUCAUCAAGCUCUCCCCAAAGAAGACCUGGGAGGGUUUUAUUGGAGGAUUUUUUUCCACUGUUCUGUUUGGAUUGCUGCUGUCCUACGUGAUGUCGGGGUACCGCUGCUUCACCUGCCCCGUGGAGUUCAACAACGACACCAACAGCUUCACCGUGGACUGUGAGCCCUCCGAGCUGUUCCAGCUGCAGGAGUACAACAUCCCUGUGGUGCUGCAGUCUGUGCUGGGCUGGAAGACGGUGAGGAUGUUCCCCUUCCAGAUCCACAGCAUCGCCCUCUCCACCUUCGCCUCCCUCAUCGGGCCCUUCGGCGGCUUCUUCGCCUCUGGCUUCAAGAGAGCCUUCAAAAUCAAGGACUUUGCCAACACCAUCCCGGGGCACGGGGGCAUCAUGGAUCGCUUCGACUGCCAGUACCUGAUGGCCACCUUUGUCAACGUCUACAUUGCCAGCUUCAUCAGAGGCCCCAACCCAAGCAAACUGAUCCAGCAGUUCCUGACCCUGAGGCCAGACCAGCAGCUGCACAUCUUCAACACCCUCAAAGCACACCUGGUGGACAGGGGAGUUCUGGGCAGCCUGGAGGAUGCAUAGACAGCAGGUGGUUGGAACAGGACUGAGGACAGACAGGCCUCCUCCAGGGAAUUCCUGGCUUGCCUGAUCUAAGACAAUAACAAGGCCUCAUUUCACUGUAACUUCUCUUCCUUUCUUGGUAAAUGUUUGCAUUUGUGGUUUAUUUUUUUUUAAAUAAUAUAUUUAUAGAGCUUUGGUUCAAAUGAGCAAAUCUUGGCUUUGUAGCUGAGAAGGAGUUAAGGUUGGAAGGUUUGGGUGGAGCAGGAGGGUGUGGCUGUCCUGGUGGACUGUUCUGGACCCUUGGGGGUGUGGGCAGAGCUGAGCUUUCCCUGGGAGUGCAGGAAAUUUCCCUGGUUUGGCAGGGAGGGGCUGAGCUGUCCCCUGCUCUGGGACCAUCCUCCUCUCCAGGACACUGGGGGUGCAGUGGGAAUUGGGAAUCCCCUGGCCCAAGGAAGAGCAUCUUGUACUAACCCAGCCCUGCACCUGCAGUGCUCUCACUGCUGCUUCUGCAGUGCCUCUCACAUUCCCUCCCUCCCUGACUGGGCAAAUCAGAUUUUUGUAACCAAUUAAACCAGAAACAGACUGGGAAUGAGGAGUCAAGGAAGUGGCAGUUGUGUGUGGGAAUGUGGGAGGUUCAGGUUCCUCCAAAACUGCUGGAAGUAAAUAAGUUUUAAAGAACGUUGAAGUUUCAUUGAGCAAUUCCUGCCAAGUGAGAACAACUUUUAAAUCACUUGGUUUGUUUUCACCCAUUAAAUAACCUUUAAAAACCACACUUCUUCAUUUCUCCAAGGUUGGGAAGCCCACACUGGGGUGUUUGAAGUAACCUGGGGAGCAGUUUCCAGCCAGUUUUGUUGCUGGGUGGGCUCCAGCUGCAGCUGGGGGUUUGUUUUUUCAGGGAUCAUGUCUGUUCCUUACUUGAGUUGUAGAAGUCGUGCUGCUGAGUUUAUCACAGUCUGUGUUGCAUUUCAGUCUGGGUUCAUUUCUCUGCAGGCUUCUGUCCUGCUUUGCUCACUGAAUCUUGUCAGAAAUAGUUUGUACUGCAAGUUUUAUUGAAGUCCUUUCCUUUAUUUUGUCAUACUUUUUUUAUUAUUUAAAAACGAGAGCCCUAAAGAUUGUAAAACUUUCCUUUUUUUUUUUUUUUUUUUUUUUGUGAUCAGAUAGUGAAAACAUCCCUGUUUACACCUCAUGCAAUGUUCCCAAGCACGAGGUGACUCUGAUUUUCCUUCUUUCCAUAGUUUGUGCACAGGAGAGAGAAACUUUACCUUAUUUUAACCUGGGGAAUGAGUGACAGGGAGAGCUCAUACAGAAGUACUUUGGUGUUUUCAAGCAGUUGCUGCCACAAACCUUUAGCCACAGACCCCCCAUGUGAGACCUGCACCUGCUGCAAGCUGGCUUGGCAUCAACAGAAAAUGAACCACCUGAAACCCCCAAAUUCAGAGCUUUUCCUGCAGAUUCUGACUAUGCCACUGCUUUAUCUCAGUGUGUGCAGACACAGCACAGGUCCCAAGCUCUCCUGCACUUCUGCUCUGCCCCCCUGAGCUGAGCUUUGUGUUUGCUGGAAAGCACAGGCUGCAGAGAAGGCUCUGUUCUCACAAAGGAUUCUCAGCUGGUGCUGGCACAGUUCUGCACUCAGCCAGUCCAGGAUUGGCUUUGGUGUUCAUACAGGUUUCCUGUUGUGGACUCUGUUCCCUUCCAGCUUGAAUUAGGCAGGGGCUUCUUCUCUGUUGGUGGAACAAAUGUUGGUCCAAGCCCCUGGCACAGAAACCACAGGGAGGGUUGAGGUGCUUCCCCCUGGCAUUGCCACAUCUGGGCUGUGUUUAACGAGGCCCUGCCAGGAGCACCCCUGGGGCAGGGUGGAGCUGCCAGGCUUUGCUUUGCCCUGGGGGCUGUUCCAGCUGCUGCUGCUCUGGAUUCUCCCUGCCAUUGCCAAAAUCCCUUCUUGUGGCUCUUGGGCCACAGGCAGAAGUGACAGUGUUGAUAAAUAUUACAAAGGUGUGCUCUGUUGAUAGAAAUUUCUUUGGUGGGUCUGUAGUCUCCUGCUUUAAACCUUUUGUUCCUCUUCUGUUGUCAUCAGUGGGGCAAAGCUUUGCUGCAGGCUGUGGUCUGGGGCAGCUCUGGGCCUUUCCUGAGGGUGUCAAUGCUGGCUCUGGGCACUGGAGGGCAAAGCAGUUCCACAGAGGAGCUGCAGCAGCAGCAGCAGCAGCUCUGCCUGUGGGUGGCUUCUCUGGCCAGAAAUGCCCUGGCCAGACAAUUCCCUGGCCAGACAAUUCCCUGGCCAGACAAUUCCCUGGCCAGACAAUUCUCUGGUCAGAAAUGCCCUGGUCAGAAAGUCCCAGUGUCCUAUUCCAAGGAAUGUCCCCUGUGUGCAGGGAAUGUCCCUUUCCAAGGAAUGUCACAUUCCAGGGAAUGUCCCCUGUGUCCAGGGAAUGUCCCCUGUGUGCAGGGGUAUGUCCCCUGUGUGCAGGGAAUGUCCCCUUCCAGGGAAUGUCCCCUGUGUGCAGGGAAUGUCACAUUCCAGGGAAUGUCCCCUGUAUGUAGGAAUGUCCCCUUUUCCAGGGAUGUUCCAUUCCAGGGAGCGUCCCUUGUGUCCAGGGAAUGUCCCCUGUGUGCAGGGAUGUCCCCUGUGUGCAGGGAUGUCCCAUUCCAGGGAUGUCCCCUGUUCCAGGGAGCCCCGGGCCUGGCAGGGGCCCUGCCCUCUGUCCCUUCCCCCCUGGGGCAGGGCAGGGCAGGGCGGGCCCGUCCCGCCCCGGGCACAGCUCGGUCCCAGAGCAGCUCCUGGAGCCGGGGCAGCUCUGUGCUCCUGCAGUCCCUGUGCAAUCCCUGUCCCACCCCCGCUUCUUUCUCUGUGCAGUGUUCUUUUGUUUCCACCUUUAGCUACACAACGUAGAGUUGCCUUCCUUUGACUGAACGUUCGAAUGUGAAAUAUUGUAUAUUUUAAAGUAUUUACCCUAUUUAUAUACUGUAUGUUACUGUUAAAUAAAGAUAAAUUCCAUUA